GCCGUCGCGCGGAUCUCUCGCCUGGGAGCGCGCGAGAAAAUGACCGUUACUCGUCGCCUCAGGACGCCCCUGUGGCUCGCGAUCGCCUUGACGCAAGCGUUAUUGGUGACGUGCCAGGAUGCUCAGAAAGAGGACACAAAAAGCUGUACGGAGGAAGGCGUAACAUACGCGGAUAACGACCUCUGGAAACCUGAGCCGUGCCGCAUGUGUGUGUGCGAUAAGGGCCGGAUCAUCUGCGAAGAGAUACGCUGUGAGGACCUGAUGGGUUGCGAGGAUUUCUCCAUCCCGGAGGGAGAGUGCUGUCCCGUGUGCCAGAAAUUUGCCAGCGCUCUCCGACGCAUUGAGAUAAUAGGACUCAAGGGGCAAAAGGGAGAACCGGGUGAUAUUCCUUAUAUUGUAGGGACGCCUGGAAGGCCUGGACCAAUGGGUCCCUUAGGGACAGAUGGGCGUCCAGGAUAUCCAGGCAUCAAAGGAAGAAAAGGUGUGGCAGGUCCACCUGGUUUUGAUGGGGAACCAGGUGUACCAGGCUUGCCCGGUGAGGCUGGCUCUCCCGGGCCUUCAUUACCAGGGAGUGAAUUUGCCUCUCGCAUGGCCUCAGGAUUUCACGAUGGGAAGUUGGGAAUGCCUGGAUUAGUCUCCGGAUCACCGGGUGAACCAGGACCAAGGGGACACCCAGGACCAGCAGGGCCCCCAGGCGCUACUGGAGCUCAGGGUACCCCAGGAGAUGCAGGCGAACCUGGACCCAUGGGACCCCAUGGCUCUAGAGGUCCAGACGGGGCUCCUGGAAAGCCCGGCCCAGAUGGCGAAUCCGGAUCUCCGGGGAAGCAAGGAGAAGUCGGAUAUCCAGGCUCCGUGGGCGCCAGAGGUUUUCCAGGGUUACCAGGGCAACCAGGAAUAAAGGGUCACAGGGGGCACCCAGGUACACAAGGACCAAGAGGAGAAGCAGGUGCUGUUGGCUCAAAGGGUGAAUCGGGUGUUCCUGGUACUAUGGGUCUUGUUGGUCCACCGGGUCCGGCGGGAAUGGCGGGUGAGAGGGGCAGAAUCGGUCACACUGGCCCUGUGGGAAAACGUGGCAUCUCAGGAAAUGUUGGAAAACGGGGAGCACUGGGGCCCAUGGGUAUCACUGGAGCUCCUGGGUUUCCUGGUGGACCAGGCAUGAAGGGCCAACCAGGGGCAACAGGACCUCGAGGUCCGGGUGGGCUCCAGGGCCCUAGAGGAGAGCCAGGACGUCAGGGCCUAUCUGGAGCUCAGGGAAACCAGGGGCCAUCAGGCAUGGACGGUGCCCCUGGUGCCAGAGGGUCAUCAGGUGUGCCUGGCGUGCAGGGGCCGGUCGGACUGAUUGGACAGCCUGGUCCUCCUGGACCACAGGGAACGACAGGACCUUCCGGGAUCAAAGGUCAAGUGGGUGACUUGGGUUCCCCGGGUUUCAAAGGAGAACCUGGAUUAAAAGGAGAACCUGGACUAACUGGAGCUCACGGAGAGGUUGGACCAAUGGGGGAGGAAGGGAAGCGUGGGCCGCGAGGCGAUCCUGGCGCUCUCGGCCCUCCGGGGCCAGCUGGAGAGAGAGGAGCCCCAGGAAAUCGCGGCUUCCCAGGUGCCGAUGGGUUACCUGGACCGAAGGGUGCUCAAGGAGAGCGUGGCGGCCUUGGCUCUGCAGGGACGAAAGGUGCAAGCGGCGAUCCUGGUCGCCUCGGUGAACCUGGCAUUCCAGGAGCAAGGGGUCUGACUGGUAUUCUUGGACUCCAAGGACCAGAAGGAAAAAUUGGACAUCAGGGAGCACCAGGAGACGAUGGCAGUCCAGGCCCUGCUGGCUCUACUGGAGUCAGAGGCCUGGCAGGAUCUAUGGGUCUGCCUGGACCAAAAGGCUUCAGUGGAGAUCCAGGGAAGCCGGGAGAGGUUGGCACUGCGGGAGUUCCAGGGCAGAGGGGGCCCAGUGGGAAGGACGGAGAGGAGGGUCCUGCAGGGGCCACCGGACCGCCUGGUGUAGCAGGAAAGAGAGGAGAACAAGGUCCUCCUGGUCUGACAGGUUUUCAGGGUUUACCUGGACCCCCAGGCCCACCUGGAGAGUCAGGCAAACCAGGUGAUGAGGGUGUCCAUGGAGAAGCAGGCUCUGCUGGCCAAACUGGUCCUAGAGGUGAACGUGGGACCCCUGGAGAAAGAGGAGACCCAGGUCCAAAUGGCCUCCCUGGGUCCAAAGGCAGUCAGGGGAGCCCUGGCCAUGAUGGACCAAAGGGUAACUCAGGACUGGCGGGGGUGAUAGGGGAGCCCGGUCCCCCUGGCCUACAGGGGAUGCCUGGAGAGAGAGGGAUCCCUGGCCCCGCAGGACCAAAAGGAGAACGGGGUUCAGUUGGUGAGAAAGGAGCUGAGGGAACUGCUGGUAACGAUGGCCCUCGAGGUCUCCCUGGACCAACCGGACCAACAGGACCAGCUGGGCCAUCUGGAGAAAAGGGAGAGUCAGGUCCUAGAGGGCCCCCUGGACCUGCAGGUUCCAGAGCGAUGGCAGGUUCUUCUGGUGAGCCUGGUCCCACUGGUCCAGCUGGUUUUGCUGGGCCGCCUGGUCCUGAUGGUCAACCUGGUGUCAAAGGUGAGACAGGAGAGCCAGGGGUGAAAGGUGACACAGGGUCCCCGGGCCCACAGGGAACAGCUGGAAAACCAGGUCCUCAGGGUGCGACUGGUGUAUCUGGGCUAAAAGGAGGCAGAGGCACUCAGGGGGCUGCUGGCCCCAGUGGCUUCCCAGGGUCUCCAGGAGGAGUAGGCCCACCUGGCUUGGUUGGUCCAGUUGGGGAGCCUGGGCCACAAGGUACCCCAGGAAAGGAAGGUCCACCUGGACUGCGAGGAGAUCCAGGAGUGACUGGACAUCAAGGGGAGCGUGGGAACCCUGGACCUGCUGGAAGCCCUGGAGAUAAAGGCGAUUCUGGAGAAGAUGGACUACCGGGCCCUGCUGGGCCUCCAGGACCUGUGGGAACCUCAGGACAAAGAGGAUUGGUGGGUCUGCCAGGAAUGAGAGGAGAGCGUGGGAUGGAGGGCCUCCCUGGUCCUGCUGGAGCACCUGGGAAGCCAGGCCUUGCAGGACCUCAGGGAGUCAAAGGAGCUACAGGCCCCAUUGGACUGCCUGGAACAACUGGACCUCGAGGAGAUGCUGGCCCAGAGGGUCUUACAGGAGCAGAUGGAAUCCCUGGUGCUGACGGUACAAUUGGAAUCAGAGGCAACAGAGGAAAUCCUGGUGCCGAGGGUCUGGCAGGAGCCCAGGGUGCUGCAGGACCUCCUGGACCGGUGGGAACUCCUGGAGGUCCAGGACUCAGAGGAGAUCAGGGUUCAAGGGGUCCUCAUGGCUCAGCUGGCCAGCCAGGCACCCGAGGAAAGAAGGGACCUCAAGGACCUCUCGGAGACAAAGGAGAUAAAGGAGACUCUGGUGAGAGAGGUCAGAAAGGUCACCGCGGGUUCACUGGAUUGCAAGGCCUCCCAGGAACAACGGGAGUUACAGGAGAUGCAGGUGCAAGAGGAAUCAUUGGGCCAAGUGGCCAAAGAGGACUUCCAGGACCUGUUGGGCCUACUGGAAAAGAAGGUAUCAUGGGACUUCCAGGACCAAUGGGGUCACCUGGAACUCGGGGUGCUCCCGGAGACAUCGGACCGGAGGGACCUCCAGGAGAACCCGGACCCCCAGGUCCCCCUGGUGCGCCUGGCCCCCCUACAGCUGCUGUGGAUGACCUUUUUGGCGCGAUGCUCAACUACUAUGGCGAGCCUGAGGCCCCGCCCCCUCCGGAGUUUAACGAGGACGAAGCGAGGCCUGGGAAAACCUCGGGUGUGAUCCACUCAGACGGCGGUGUCCACGCCUCACUGAAGGCCCUGGGCGGCCAGCUGGAUGGCAUUCGCAGUCCUGACGGACGCCGCCAGCACCCGGCACGGACCUGCCUGGACCUGAAGCAGUACUAUCCACUAAAGAGGAGCGGUGAUUACUGGGUGGACCCUAACGAGGGAAGUCCCAACGAUGCCGUCCAGGUGCACUGCAACAUGGAGACAGGGGAGACGUGCCUACCUGCCCAACCUGCCAGUGUCCCCCGCAAGACCUGGUGGAUUUCCCGCUCCAGUACGCCGAAACCUGUCUGGUUUGGGGCCACCAUGAAUAGAGGAAUGAAGUUCGCCUACGGGAGCAAAGAGGCGUCUGUCAACACGGUGGCCAUCCAGCUGCGUUUCCUGCGUCUCCUCUCCGAAGAGGCAUCCCAGAACAUCACCUACCACUGCAAGAACAGUGUGGCCUACAUGGACGAGAAAAGCAGCAACCUAAAGAAGUCCGUCAUCCUCAAGUCCGCUGACGGGCAGGAGAUCAAAGCAUACAGCAACAACCGCCUGAAGUACACCGUCAGCGAGGACAGCUGCUCGAAAUCCAACGGCGAGUGGGGCAAGACCGUCUUCCAGUAUCGUACCCAGAAGCCGUCGAGGCUGCCCAUUGUGGACAUGGCUCCAGUGGACGUGGGCGGUGCGCACCAGGAGUUUGGCAUCGACAUUGGCCUAGUGUGUUUCUCAUGAGGCCCCUGAGGACAGAGGGCCCCCACUGGGCCCAUCCUUGUGGCCCCACAUGUGGACACUGCACAGCCCAAUCUUAGGACUUCAGCUCUCUGCCAGCGCGUCCAGAUCGAUGAGCCACAGUAGUAUACCAACACCCACACUAUUGUUCUUUAUUACGGAAUUCCGCUAGCUUGGGACAGAUGAAUAUUUGAGAGACUAUAUGGACCUGUUAAUUUAUAUAUGCCUUGAUCAUAAAUCAUGUGCCCCAUGCACUGUUGUGUAAUAUUAAUAAAUUAGUAUGUUUUCUAGUUGAAAAAGUACAGAUGAGUAUUACAUUUUAAUGUCAGGGCCACAAUAACACCCUCUGUUUGAUUUUAUCACAGUCAUCAAAUUCCACUUUAAGUUGCAAAAAGGUGCUUCACAGAGUAAUUUGAUACUAACAGGAACUACAAAUAAUUUUAAAUGCAGUUAUAAAGGACUCUCACAUGAGACCUCUACACCUCUUCCCUGGCUGCUCCCAACAAUCUUUCGCUGGAGAGGAAAACAAAACUGCAAAAUUGGACCAUUGUGUAAACUUCAUAUGUGCUACCUCCGAGAGAUGGUGCUUC